UUAAUCAUGGGUGAUAUUCGUAAGGUCCUUAUUAGCGAUAGCGUAGAUCCGAAAUGCAAAAGCGUCUUGGAAGCAAAGGGUAUUGAAGUGACACUCAAUACUAAGCUAUCACCGGCUGAAUUAGUUGCUGAAAUCCCGAACUAUGACGGUCUGAUUGUAAGGUCGGCAACCAAAGUUACUGCUGAAGUUAUCAAGGCUGGCAAAAAUUUGAAGAUAAUUGGUCGAGCAGGUACCGGCGUGGAUAACAUUGAUAUUAAAGCAGCAACUGAAUGUGGUGUUAUUGUAAUGAAUACUCCUGGAGGAAAUACUCUUAGUGCUGCAGAGCAUACAUGCACUUUGAUGGUUUGUCUUGCUAGACAAGUUCCUCAGGCUGCUGCUUCUAUGCGUGAAGGACGGUGGGACAGGAAGAAAUACAUGGGUAUCGAGCUAAUGGGUAAGACGUUGGGCAUUAUUGGUUUAGGAAGAAUCGGCCGAGAAGUUGCAACACGUAUGCAGAGUUUUGGUGUCAGAACUGUUGGCUAUGAUCCCAUUGUACCGGCAGAGGCCGCUAAAGAAUUCGAUGUUGAAUUCUUUGAACUAAAUGAUCUGUGGCCUGAAUGUGAUUUUAUUACCGUGCAUACACCUCUGAUCCCGCAAACAAGAGGCCUUCUAGGUGAUGAAACUUUUGCUAAGUGUAAGAAAGGCGUUCGCGUUAUCAACUGUGCCAGAGGAGGUAUCAUUGAUGAAGCGGCGUUAUUGCGUGCUUUACAGUCUGGCCAGUGCGCUGGUGCUGCCCUUGACGUAUUUGAGCAAGAACCACCUCAAAAUACCGAAUUAGUACAACAUCCUAAUGUUAUUCCCGUAUGUCAUUUGGGAGCUAGCACUGUUGAAGCUCAAUCGCGUGUUGCUGUCGAAAUCGCAGAACAAUUUGUCGAUUUCAAUGAAGGAAAGAGUUUAUUUGGAGCGAUAAAUGCUAAUGCCAUGGUGAAGGCUCUCUCGCCCAGUGCCAAGUCAUUAGUCAAAUUGGGAGAACGUCUUGGUCGUCUAGUUGAAGUAUUGUAUGGGCUUGAAGCCUGUAAGGAAUUAUCAAUUGUGGCUCAGGGUCCCGAUUACAGCGAAGCUCCAUCAUUUUUACCGGCAGCGAUCUUGAGCGGUGUUUUAGCCCGUGAUGCUUCUGGUGUCACUCUCAACUUAGUGAAUGCCCCUGAUUUUGCGAAGAAGAAGGGAAUCACUGCGAAAGCUACGUAUUCUGCUACACCAGAUGCCAGGCAUAGCAAUAGCAUCACCGUCAGUGUGGGAGGACACGUCUUUGGAGGUACGGUGAUUGGAAAUUUUUCUCCUGUCUUCACUGAGCUAGAUGGGAAACAAUUGCAUUCUCCUAUUAAUGCUACUGGCAACAUCGUCAUCGGCCAAGGCCCGGCAGGAAGUGCUCCAAAAUUUAUGGUCACUAUGGCUGAGCAUGGCAUUUCGACUUAUGCGUGUAGUGGAUCUGAUGGUAUUGGUAUGCUCGAUGUGUCGGCGGUUGUACCAGAAGAAGUCUUCAAUAAAAUACGAUCCUUGCCUGAUGUAAAAUCAGCUGACAUGUUAUAAAAGCACGGCAUUUUAAUGUUUGCUUUUAAGUUUAUAUACUGUUAAUUAACAAACUGAUGUAGACCUUAAUCCGAAUAGCAGCUACCUGUGUUACUGUUUUCG